AUGCCACUGACAAGAGAAAAACUCGACGAGGAAAAGAAACGACAAAUGGAUAAUAAUUAUGCUACACCCUUGGCUGGAACCCAUUUAAAUUUGCCCAAGGAACCAACAUCGAUUCUGUGUCCCAGUUGUGGGGUAGAUCAGCUGACAGAGGUCCACAUUGAGCAGAAGAAAUGGUCGACGACGUGUAAUGAUAUUUAUUCGGCAUUGUUUUAUGGUCUCUGCUGCUGUUUCUGUUUCGACUACAAGAAGUUGGUUAAUCGCACAGAUGUCAAUCAUUAUUGUAAAAAUUGCAGCUGCUAUUUGGGCCGUGCGAAACGUGUACCACCGGUCAGAAGCCAUCAGGGCAAUCAUUUGAGCAGCAAAUAUGGCAAUUAA